AGUGCUAUGUGUGCAUACGCGUCUCUUAUUACUAGCAACAGUAAAUGCUGCCAGUAGUAAACAGUACAUUGACCAUAGCAAACUUUCAUUGCCUUUGUCGGAUAGUUCGGACUUAAAGAUCAAGAAGACCGACUCCAAUACCUUCAAAGCAAACAAAAUGCACUGACCCAAUUUUAGCUAUCAAACUGUCCCUGUAACAACACUAUAACAACGAGUGAAAGUCUAGGUCUUCUCCAUGUCAACCAUGAAUGCCCUCGGUGAGGGCGAUAUCCAAACCAUUGCCCCUGAGAUGCCUGCCAUGUUUGAUGGCAUGAAGCUGGCAGCUGUAGCCACCGUGCUCUAUAUCAUAGUGCGCUGUCUGAACCUAAAAAGCCCCACUGCACCCCCGGACGUCACCUACCAAGAUACCCCCCUCAAUCGCUUUGUGAUCAAGUUCUGCCCCAUACUGUCCAAAGAAUACAUUCCACCGUUGCUGUGGGGGAAGAGUGGGCACCUCCAGACCGCCCUGUAUGGAAAGAUGGGGCGUGUCAGCGCCCCCACCCCCUUUGGGGUCCGCAAGUACCUCCCCAUGCAGGAUGGGGCCACGGCCACUUUUGACCUCUUUGAACCGCAGGGGGACCACCAAACCGGAGAUGACAUUACCAUGGUGAUCUGCCCGGGGAUCGGUAACCAUAGCGAGAAGCACUAUAUCCGGACCUUUGUGGACCACUCCCAGAAGCAAGGCUACAGGUGUGCUGUGCUCAACCAUCUAGGGGCCUUGCCCAACAUAGAGCUCACAUCCCCUCGCAUGUUCACCUAUGGUUGCACCUGGGAGUUUGCUGCCAUGGUGGGCUAUAUUCGGAAGGCCUUUGCCCAGACCGUGCUAGUGGUGGUGGGUUUCAGCCUUGGGGGCAACAUCGUAUGCAAGUUUCUGGGAGAAAGCCAAGCCAACCAGGAGAAAGUAAUAUGCUGUAUCAGCAUCUGCCAAGGGUACAGCGCACUCAGGGCUCAGGAGACGUUCCUACAGUGGGACCAGUGCCGAAGGAUCUACAACUUUCUUAUGGCCGACAACAUGAAGAAGAUUAUCCUGUCACACAGGCGGAGUCUAUUUGGGUCCAACUCGACCAAGAUCGAGGAAGCAGAUUUGAGCAAACUGUAUACUGCCACCUCCAUUAUGCAAAUUGACGACAACAUCAUGAGGAAAUUCCAUGGCCAUGACUCGUUAAAAGAGUACUAUGAGAAGGAAAGCUGCGUGCAGUACAUCUACAAUGUCAAUGUACCUCUCCUAUUGGUCAACUCUUCAGAUGACCCCCUGGUACAUCCAUCACUGUUGACCAUCCCACGCACACUUGCAGAAAAGAAGCAGAAUGUGAUAUUCGCACUGACACAGCACGGUGGCCACCUAGGCUUCUUUGAGGGAGCGGUGCUGUUCCCCCAGCCCCUCACCUGGAUGGACAAGGUCAUUGUAAGCUACGCAAACUCCAUCUGCCAGUGGGAGAAGAACAAGCCAGUCUGCCAGAGGACACAGCGUGGGAGACAGUUGCACUCCUGCCAUCCCCAGACCCUGGGCAAAACCUAAACCCUCACAGGCAGUGUUCAAGCCCUAACACACUAACCCAUAGAUAAGCAAUGAUAUGCUACCUACUCUCCCUUUCUCCUAACCCUCUAACCCCAUCCAUGUUUUUACAUGGCCUUUUUACCAAGUCACUCUUUAACUUUUACCAUUUCAAAGGAACUAACAUGUGAGAAGGGACACAUUCAGGAACAGGUAAAGGAAACAUGUAACUUCAAGCUCUGUGGCCCCAAGGGCUUAUCAGUAAAGUUACGAUGCCUCUAUUCAGAGGCUUAAAGCCAAAGCCUUAUCAAGGAGCUGGGGCCUUGACGGCCCAAAUGGACCCCGUUGGUAAACCACUAUAGGACGCCACUGUUGCCGAGCCAAGGAGAUCCACCUGUCACCAAUGUUACUUAUGGUGCUUACAGAUAGGGGGAGGGGGAAAAUCAUGUUUUCGGAUGCUGUUUGGGAGUUUAAUUGGAACUUUUAACUUUAAAUAAGAAAGGGAUAUUAGAAGUGUUGAGAGGUUUCUUGAAGGAACUGUGUGUGACUAGACACUUUCAAGGGCUAGAGUUAGGGUUGAGCAUGUACAUACACAACCGGACCAGUCAUAAACUACUGUUGCGUUAAUCCUCAUUUACCUGUACUGUACUAAGUAGAAGUACAUCCUCCCCUGCCUGGCAAUAGGUCCUAUACUUUCUCAAAAGGAGGAGAAGGGUCAUUGGGUGGAUAGUUAUCAUUUCAGUCCCUUCAUUUUGUUCUUCACCCAUGCCUUAGCUCCUCUGUAAUACUUAAUUUAGCUUUGUUGGUGUAUUUCUGUAUGAUCUUCCUUAAGUAUUGUCUCCCAUGGGGAACUAUGGCAGUUAAGACUUGGUUUUAAAAGGGACAAACAGUGUAUUUUCCUUUUAGACUAAGUUUGAAAUUGAAUUUUUCACAAUGUGAGAACUUAGUUUAAUCUCAAUAAUUUACUAACUGCGUGGUGUAGCAACAACAAUGUCUGUGUUCAGACUGUGACGUUUAGGACCAGUCUAUGCUGCUGAGGUACAGUUCUAAACAUAACUUUCCAUAUAAGACCCAAUGUAAUUUAUGACUUGGUAUUCUUCCUUGGGGAUAAGCUCCUAUGCCUCUUUCAAUUAAAUUUUAGGUAUAUAAAUGUGUUUUUCGCUUUUGAAAUUUUUACAGUUUUUAGGAACAUCCUAAUUUCUCACAAUUUCUGCUCACUUAUUAAUUCACUUACAGUUACCUCUUAUUUUUGUCAAAAAAAAUUGUUAUAAAUGUGUGACACAAAUAUUUUUCUGUAA